AUGAACCAUGGUGAUCCCGAAGACGAGGUCAUCAUCAAAACUGAAAAUUUAAAACCCUCUUCAACACAAGAUAAAAAUUUGAGGAACGAACGGAACCCGAUAGUACAUCCACCACCACAACAACCAAUUUUUCAACAACGUAGCUCACAUGUGCCUCCAAUUCCUCCGUCGUCCUUUCGUCCAUUCGCUGCACAGCAAGAAAUCGGAUGGAUUGAUACUCCGCUGGAUCAUGACGAUGAUGAGCAACAUCAACAUUUCUUGUUAUCCUCGCACAACGGCGGUAGUACAACUGUAAAUACCAAUCCCUAUGCCAUUCCAUUUUCUUCAAGUCAUUUGAAUCAUUCACGACGAAAUAGAAACAGUCCUAAAAAUAAUUCUAAUACAGAUAAUCAUCAAGUACAUGAUGAUUUUCAAUUAUCUGCAACUCAGCAAUUCAAUUCAAAUUCGAAAUCUUCCUCGUUGUUUACAUCAGUGGGUCUGAGACAACAAGAGGUAAAUAUUGAACAGCAAAACGAAGAGAAUGAAACACUUCAGGUGUCACAUCAGGCUCCAAUUAACAAGUUGAGUGUUAAUUUGUUGGUCCAAAUAUUUUCAUUUCUUUGUGACCAGUUGGAGGAAAAGGAAGAGGACGCUGCAACAGCACAAGAUAUUUACAACGAGGAUGACGACGAUGACGAAAUUGAACUCGAAGAUUCACAAACAUCCCUCGACACAGCCAAAAAUACCAUGUUGAAUGCAUCUCAUUCAUUGGAGGAAUUGGUAAUUGAUGGCGGCUCCAAUAGAUCUUCUUCUGAGAAAACUCGGAUUAAUUCUCCAAAAAAGACACCCAAUAAGAGAGACUCGGCUAAAUAUUAUUCAGAAUUUGGAAUUGAGGAUGAGGAUGAAGAAUUGACAACGGAUUGGAUCAGCUCCGGACUACUCAGCUCAAAGAAAUCUGGUGGAGGUGACGACGAGAAUGUUAUACCACAAGAUAGCGUUAACAAAAUUAGACGGAGCAUUUCAGUUCCAUCUAUAUCCCUUUUAGUGUCGAAAAACUUUACAGACCAUUCAAGAAGUAAGGAUGACAGUUCGAUCACACAAAAAUCAUCGACUAGUGCGGCUGCUCACUCUGAAAAAAAACCAGGCAAACCUGUCACAUGGAAAAGCUUGAAAAAACAAAAUGCCAAAGAGCAAGCCAAACUAAAGAACAGGUGCGAAAGAUUCAUGGUUUCUCACGCCAAAAAGAGGCAUACAUGGAUUCAUUACGGAAAUGCAAAUAUUAGUCUCGUUUGCAAAAAGUGGUAUAUUGCCUCCUGUCAUAACAACGUAUGGGCGCUUUCGUGUGUCAUGCUAUUUCUGCAUUUGACACGUUUUUCUGUUACGUUUAGAAGUUACGACACUGAUGUGUUACAGCGCAUGCUCUCGACAUAUUAUUCAAAACCAAAGCGAACAGAGGAGAUUCGCAAAAAACUACAAGUACUAUGUGAUUAUUUACUGCCCACGAAAAGCGUAUUUAUGGACACAGUCAUUCAUGUGAACAAUAAGCAGUUCAGCGUAGAACAUUUAAAUGCGUUUAGCACCAAGUUGACGCAAGAAUUAUCGAAACGAGCAAGUGUCAUGAGAGAUACGGUACAAGCACUUGACAAACGAAUUACAGACACAGCCAAUACAUGGUCUGAGAAAUUGGAACAUCAUAUUUCUCAAAACAAAAUUUCUAACACUCUACUGGGUCAUGAUAUUCAGACAUCAUCUCCCUUGCAAUACCAAGGUGGAGUGACUCUGGAAGAAGUAUCAUUUGAGUCUGCUCCCACAACUACUGAAAAUGUUAAACCUUUAGAGCACGGUCAAGUGAAUAAUAACCAAGACGAACGUCAUGUCACUGACGAUCGAAUUCUUUCGUCACAAUCACCUCAACAGUACAGUACCACUCCCAAUGAGGAGGGCAAUUUUGAGGUCAUUCCUUCACCAACAGAAAUUGGUAAUGAAAUUAUUGAGAAUCAUAGAAAGAGACGCACACUAUCCAAACGAUUUUCCACCCGCCAUUCCAAAAUUAAUUUCAAAAACAUUAUUGAUGACGAUGGAAUGGAUGACAGCAUUCUUGACCAAACAGCCGAUUUGUUGUCUUCACAGAAAAAUAUGAAAAUAUCUAAGAGAAAAUCAUCAUCAUCCUUCAACCAACUACCAGACGAUGACUUGUCAAAUUUAAACCUUUACUCCAAUCGAUAUCGAUUUUUUAAAGACACAUUCAUUGAAAUGAAAAAAUUCAACAAUUUGAAUUUGAGAGAUUAG